AUGCCACGGAUAGCAGCCCUCCAAGGGACCCUCCCAGGUGCGUCUGUGCCUCCAGGAACCCUUCCAGUGGCAGCGGCGUCCCGAGGGACCAUCCCAGGGACGUUGGUCUCCCCAGUGACUAUACGAGGAGCUGCAGCGCCCACAGGGACCCUCCCAAGGGCGGUGAGGCCCCUGGGGCCCUCCCAGCGGCAGCGGUGGCCCAACGUUCCUCUCAAAGGCGGCGGCGCCACCACUGGUUUUCCCAGAAGUGUUGGCGCCCACCAUUUGCCCUCCCAGGGAGGCGGUGCACCCAGAGAUGCUGGCACCCACAAGGACCCUACCAGGGGAAAUGGGUCCCCCACAGGCCUCCCAGGGACGUCAGCGCCACAAGUAACCCUCCUGCGGGCGGGAGAGCCUCCAGGGAACCUCCCACAGACCCAACAAAGGGUCCCCCAGGUGCCCUAUGCCAGGGACCCUACAGGUCUGGCUCUCCCGGAGACCCUCCCAGGGGCGGCGGUACACCCAGAGACCAUAACAAGGGCGGGGGCGCUCCCAGGGACCCGCCUAGGGGUGGCGGAAUCCCCAGGGACCCUUCUUAGGGCUACGGCGAUUUCAGGGACCCUCCCAGGUGCAGUGGUGCCAGCAGGAGCCCUACCAGUGGCCCUGGAGCCCAAGGGGCUCUCUCAGGUACAGAAGUGCUCCCAGGGGACUUCCCAGGGACUCCGACACCCACAGAGGCCCUCCCAGGGACGGCAACGCCCUCAAGGGCACUGCAAUGGGCACUGGCGACUCCAGCGGCUCUCCCAUAGAGUGGCGCUACCAGAAGCCUUCCCAGGGACAGCAGCGUCCUCAAGGACUCUCCCAGGGACAGUGACGCUCCCAGGGGACCUCUCAGGUGCGUUGGCGCUCUCAGGGGAAAUGCCACGGAUAGCAGCCCUCCAAGGGACCCUCCCAGGUGCGUCUGUGCCUCCAGGAACCCUUCCAGUGGCAGCGGCGUCCCGAGGGACCAUCCCAGGGACGUUGGUCUCCCCAGUGACUAUACGAGGAGCUGCAGCGCCCACAGGGACCCUCCCAAGGACGGUGAGGCCCCUGGGGCCCUCCCAGCGGCAGCGGUGGCCCAACGUUCCUCUCAAAGGCGGCGGCGCCACCACUGGUUUUCCCAGAAGUGUUGGCGCCCACCAUUUGCCCUCCCAGGGAGGCGGUGCACCCAGAGAUGCUGGCACCCACAAGGACCCUACCAGGGGAAAUGGGUCCCCCACAGGCCUCCCAGGGACGUCAGCGCCACAACCAGGGGCCCUACAGGUCUGGCGCUCCCAGAGGCCCUCCCAGGGACGGCGGUACACCGAGACCCUUAUGAGAGUGGCAGUGUUCCCAGGGACCCGCCUAGGGGCAGCAGUGCCCCCAGAGACCCUUCCUAGGGCGGCGGCGAUUUCAGGACCCCAGAGGCCCUCCCAGGGACGGCAACGCCCUCAAGGGCACUGCAAUGGGCACUGGCGACUCCAGCGGCUCUCCCAUAGAGUGGCGCUACCAGAAGCCUUCCCAGGGACAGCAGCGUCCUCAAGGACUCUCCCAGGGACAGUGACGCUCCCAGGGGACCUCUCAGGUGCGUUGGCGUUCUCAGGGGAAAUGCCACGGAUAGCAGCCCUCCAAGGGACCCUCCCAGGUGCGUCUGUGCCUCCAGGAACCCUUCCAGUGGCAGCGGCGUCCCCAGGGACCAUCCCAGGGACGUUGGUCUCCCCAGUGACUAUACGAGGAGCUGCAGCGCCCACAGGGACCCUCCCAAGGGCGGUGAGGCCCCUGGGGCCCUCCCAGCGGCAGCGGUGGCCCAACGUUCCUCUCAAAGGCGGCGGCGCCACCACUGGUUUUCCCAGAAGUGUUGGCGCCCACCAUUUGCCCUCCCAGGGAGGCGGUGCACCCAGAGAUGCUGGCACCCACAAGGACCCUACCAGGGGAAAUGGGUCCCCCACAGGCCUCCCAGGGACGUCAGCGCCACAAGUAACCCUCCUGCGGGCGGGAGAGCCUCCAGGGACCCUCCCACAGACGCAACAAAGGGUCCCCCAGGUGCCCUAUGCCAGGGACCCUACAGGUCUGGCUCUCCCGGAGACCCUCCCAGGGGCGGCGGUACACCCAGAGACCAUAACAAGAGCGGGGGCGAUCCCAGGAACCCGCCUAGGGGUGGCGGAGUCCCUAGGGACCAUUCUUAGGGCUACGGCGAUUUCAGGGACCCUCCCAGGUGCAGUGGUGCCAGCAGGAGCCCUACCAGUGGCCCUGGAGCACAAGGGACUCUCCCAGGUACAGACGUGCUCCCAGGGGACUUCCCAGGGACUCCGACACCCACAGAGGCCCUCCCAGGGACGGCAACGCCCUCAAGGGCACUGCAAUGGGCACUGUCGACUCCAGCGGCUCUCCCAUAGAGUGGCGCUACCAGAAGCCUUCCCAGGGACAGCAGCGUCCUCAAGGACUCUCCCAGGGACAGUGACGCUCCCAGGGGACCUCUCAGGUGCGUUGGCGCUCUCAGGGGAAAUGCCACGGAUAGCAGCCCUCCAAGGGACCCUCCCAGGUGCGUCUGUGCCUCCAGGAACCCUUCCAGUGGCAGCGGCGUCCCGAGGGACCAUCCCAGGGACGUUGGUCUCCCCAGUGACUAUACGAGGAGCUGCAGCGCCCACAGGGACCCUCCCAAGGACGGUGAGGCCCCUGGGGCCCUCCCAGCGGCAGCGGUGGCCCAACGUUCCUCUCAAAGGCGGCGGCGCCACCACUGGUUUUCCCAGAAGUGUUGGCGCCCACCAUUUGCCCUCCCAGGGAGGCGGUGCACCCAGAGAUGCUGGCACCCACAAGGACCCUACCAGGGGAAAUGGGUCCCCCACAGGCCUCCCAGGGACGUCAGCGCCACAAGUAACCCUCCUGCGGGCGGGAGAGCCUCCAGGGACCCUCCCACAGACCCAACAAAGGGUCCCCCAGGUGCCCUAUGGCAUACUGCUCAUUGUGUCAUAUUUAUUACAUAUUUCUAGCAAUCCCUUACUUAACUCCAGGGACCCUACAGGUCUGGCUCUCCCGGAGACCCUCCCAGGGGCGGCGGUACACCCAGAGACCAUAACAAGGGCGGGGGCGCUCCCAGGGACCCGCCUAGGGGUGGCGGAAUCCCCAGGGACCCUUUUUAGGGCUACGGCGAUUUCAGGGACCCUCCCAGGUGCAGUGGUGCCAGCAGGAGCCCUACCAGUGGCCCUGGAGCCCAAGGGGCUCUCUCAGGUACAGAAGUGCUCCCAGGGGACUUCCCAGGGACUCCGACACCCACAGAGGCCCUCCCAGGGACGGCAACGCCCUCAAGGGCACUGCAAUGGGCACUGGCGACUCCAGCGGCUCUCCCAUAGAGUGGCGCUACCAGAAGCCUUCCCAGGGACAGCAGCGUCCUCAAGGACUCUCCCAGGGACAGUGACGCUCCCAGGGGACCUCUCAGGUGCGUUGGCGUUCUCAGGGGAAAUGCCACGGAUAGCAGCCCUCCAAGGGACCCUCCCAGGUGCGUCUGUGCCUCCAGGAACCCUUCCAGUGGCAGCGGCGUCCCCAGGGACCAUCCCAGGGACGUUGGUCUCCCCAGUGACUAUACGAGGAGCUGCAGCGCCCACAGGGACCCUCCCAAGGGCGGUGAGGCCCCUGGGGCCCUCCCAGCGGCAGCGGUGGCCCAACGUUCCUCUCAAAGGCGGCGGCGCCACCACUGGUUUUCCCAGAAGUGUUGGCGCCCACCAUUUGCCCUCCCAGGGAGGCGGUGCACCCAGAGAUGCUGGCACCCACAAGGACCCUACCAGGGGAAAUGGGUCCCCCACAGGCCUCCCAGGGACGUCAGCGCCACAAGUAACCCUCCUGCGGGCGGGAGCGCCUCCAGGGACCCUCCCACAGACCCAACAAAGGGUCCCCCAGGUGCCCUAUGCCAGGGACCCUACAGGUCUGGCUCUCCCGGAGACCCUCCCAGGGGCGGCGGUACACCCAGAGACCAUAACAAGGGCGGGGGCGCUCCCAGGGACCCGCCUAGGGGUGGCGGAGUCCCCAGGGACCCUUCUUAGGGCUACGGCGAUUUCAGGGACCCUCCCAGGUGCAGUGGUGCCAGCAGGAGCCCUACCAGUGGCCCUGGAGCCCAAGGGGCUCUCCCAGGUACAGACGUGCUCCCAGGGGACUUCCCAGGGACUCCGACACCCACAGAGACCCUCCCAGGGACGGCAACGCCCUCAAGGGCACUGCAAUGGGCACUGGCGACUCCAGCGGCUCUCCCACAGAGUGGCGCUACCAGAAGCUUUCCCAGGGACAGCAGCGUCCUCAAGGACUCUCCCAGGGACAGUGGCGCUCCCAGGGGACCUCUCAGGUGCGUUGGCGCUCUCAGGGGAAAUGCCACGGAUAGCAGCCCUCCAAGGGACCCUCCCAGGUGCGUCUGUGCCUCCAGGAACCCUUCCAGUGGCAGCGGCGUCCCGAGGGACCAUCCCAGGGACGUUGGUCUCCCCAGUGACUAUACGAGGAGCUGCAGCGCCCACAGGGACCCUCCCAAGGGCGGUGAGGCCCCUGGGGCCCUCCCAGCGGCAGCGGUGGCCCAACGUUCCUCUCAAAGGCGGCGGCGCCACCACUGGUUUUCCCAGAAGUGUUGGCGCCCACCAUUUGCCCUCCCAGGGAGGCGGUGCACCCAGAGAUGCUGGCACCCACAAGGACCCUACCAGGGGAAAUGGGUCCCCCACAGGCCUCCCAGGGACGUCAGCGCCACAAGUAACCCUCCUGCGGGCGUGA